CCCUUCUCCUGUAGUCUGUCUGCGCGCCGCCGCCGCACCAUGCGUUUCCUCGCCGCCGCCGCACUCAAACCCUAAACCUUCCAUCCAAACCAAUGGCGUCCCUCCUCUGCUCCCCGGCCUCAAAGUCGCUCUCCGUCACCACCUCCGCGCUCUUCCUCUCGUCGCUCGCGUCCCUCUCGCCCGCCCACCCCCACCCCAUCUCCGCCUCCGCCGCCGCCCCGCCCGUCCCGCCCUCCGUGCCCCCCACCGCCCUCAUCCCCAACUCCCGCUUCCUCGUCGACGCCUUCCGCCACGCCGGCGACUUCUCCGUCGCCUACUUCCUCUCCCACUUCCACUCCGACCACUACGCCGGCCUCGGCCCCACCUGGCGCCGCGGCCUCGUCUUCUGCUCCGCCCCCACCGCGCGCCUGCUCGCCUCCGCGCUAUCCGUGCCGCCGGAGCUGAUCGUGUCCGUCGACACCGAUGUCCGCGUCACCGUGGACGGCUGGGGCGUCGUGGCCGUCGACGCCAACCACUGCCCUGGCGCCGUGCAGUUCCUCUUCACCUCCCCCGGACCGAGGGCGGAGAGGUACGUGCACACGGGCGACUUCCGCUACGCGCCAUCCAUGAGAAGCAACCCUAACCUGCUGGAAUUCGUCGGCGCCGACGCCGUGUUUCUGGACACCACGUACUGCAACCCCAAAUUCACAUUUCCUUCUCAAGAGGAGUCGGUGGAGUAUGUCGUCAACGCGAUAAAGAAGGUGAAGGAGGAGAGUGGAGAGCGUGUGCUGUGCCUGAUCGCCACUUAUGUUGUGGGCAAGGAGAGGAUUCUGCUGGAGGUUGCGCGGCGCUGUGGGUGCCUGAUCCAUGUGGAUAAGAGGAAGAUGGAGAUCUUGACGGUAUUGGGGUUUGGUGGGGAGAAUGGAGUUUUUACGGAAGACGCUGCAGCGACUGAUGUGCAUGUCACCGGGUGGAACAUUCUCGGGGAGACAUGGCCCUACUUCCGUCCGAAUUUUGUGAAAGUGAAGGAGAUCAUGUUGGAGAGAGGGUACACCAAGGCAGUUGGAUUUGUGCCGACCGGAUGGAUGCACGAGACCAAGAAGGAAGGAUUUGCAGUUAGGGAGAAGGAUUCGAUCAAGAUACAUCUUGUACCUUACAGCGAGCACUCUAGCUACGAUGAGCUGCGGGACUACGUCAAGUUCUUGCACCCAAAACGGGUCAUUCCCACUGUCGGAGUAGACGGUGGGAAGCUUGAUGGUAAGGAUGCAGUUUCUCUACAGAAACAUUUUGCUGGACUGGUGGAUGAGACGGCAAACAAACAUGAGUUCCUGAUGGCAUUGCAUCGAAGAUCGACAUCUGUUAGCCAUGAGGAUGUGUUGGCUAAAUGCUCGAGGGAACAAGACAGCGAUGACUGUGCUUCGGAACCAGAACACAGUUAUGUUUCUGAGCUACCAGGCAGUUCGCAGAUUAAGAUUACAGAGGAGAUGAAGAAAGAACUGUCGGAUUGUCUACCCUCAUGGGUCAACCAGGAGCAGAUCCUUGGUCUGUUGAUGAGCUCAGGUGGCGAUGUUGUUCAAGCAGCAUCUGAUUUCUUUGAGCGGGAGCGAGAUUUCUUUGAAGAAGCAAAUGUAUCUAAUAAUGAAAAGCCUAAGUUGGGGGAAAUCCGUACUUCUGAUCAGGGAUCUUCUGCUGAGGCAAGUAGUCAGCAGGAACUUCCUUCAUUUUCACAGAACCCCAUGGAGCAUUCUACCAAGCUGGUAAACUUGACUCCUGUGAAAAUGAAGCAUUCUACCAAUUUGGUAAACUUAACUCCUGUGAAAAUGAGCUCAACUCUUCCCAAAAAGGAAAAGAAGAGGGGUUCUAGCACUGUCAGCAAGUCAAAAAAGAAAGGAAGAUCAAAUGCCCCAACAGAAUCUGGUGGACGCAAGCAGCCCACAAUCACGAACUUCUUUGGUAGAGCAACGGCAGCUGCUUCUAAAAGUGAGACAGGCGAUAAAGUAACAGUGGAUCCACAUGAAAACAAUGGGGAUAAUGGCAGCCAGUUAACUGAUACUGUAAAAUCACACCAGCAGGGUGUAAACCAGCUUCUUCAGAUUGUAGGUGGCAACAUGUCCAGAGAAUCUGCAGUUUCUUUACUUGAGAAGACAGGAGGAGAUAUAAAUGUAGCAGUUGACAUUUUUUUCUGUAAAAUCCCAAACAAUGAUGUACCUGCCAACGACAAGAGUAUUGUGCCGCAGAAUACACAAAAUGAAAUGAUAGAUAGAUAUAAUAGCACAAACAUUGUCCACAACUCUUCUCAGGCUACUCCAAAGAUGCAAAACUUGUAUGUACAAACUUCUGUAGCUCAAGCAGAUUCGGUCAAUAUAUCAUUGCCAGUUGAAAAGUAUCUCCCCAUUGAGCAUGCUUGCUGGACAGCAGGACAGCCUGCACCAUACUUGCAUUUGGCUCGCACUUUUGAUCGGGUUGAAAGAGAAAAAGGAAAAAUCAAAACUACUGCCAUGCUUUGCAACAUGUUCAGGAGUUUGCUUGCCUUAUCACCUGAUGAUGUGCUACCUGCUGUUUAUCUAUGCACUAACAAAAUUUCUCCUGACCAUGAAAAUAUGGAACUAAACAUUGGCGGCAGUCUAGUUGUUUCUGCUCUGGAGGAGUCAUUGGGAACUAGCAGAUCUAAAAUACACGAGAUGUACAAAACUUAUGGUGAUCUUGGUGAUGUUGCUCAAGAGUGCCGUCAAAAUCAAACACUACUUGCUCCUCCUCGUCCACUCUCAAUUCAGGAUAUAUAUUCGACACUUCAAAAGCUAAGUGCAAUAUCAGGCGGUGGGAGUACCGGAAGGAGAAAAAUUCUUGUCUUGCAUCUUAUUCGGUCCUGCAGAGAAAUGGAAAUGAAAUUUCUUGUUAGAACACUGGUCCGUAACUUGCGCAUUGGCGCUAUGAUGAAGACAAUUUUACCUGCUCUUGCACAUGCUGUUGUUCUUCAUGAGAAAUGUGCAACAAAUCCUGUGGUAUCCUUGGAGGGCGUAAAAUCACAAUUGCAGAGCCUUUCAACUGAAGUUGCUGAGGCAUACAAUGUCAUUCCUAAUAUGGAUUUGCUUGUUCCCUCUCUUCUGCGAGAAGGCACUACAUUUGCAGCGUCGUCCUUAGCAAUGGUUCCUGGCACACCUAUACCACCUAUGCUUGCAAGAAUUACUAAUGGGGUCACUCAAGCACUGAAGUUGUUUCAUGGUAAACCAUUUACUUGCGAGUACAAGUAUGAUGGUCAGCGCGCCCAGAUUCACAGGUCAACUGAUGGAUCUGUGCAAAUAUUCUCAAGACAAAUGAAAGAUUCGACUUCCCGGUUUCCCGAUUUAGUGAGCAUGAUCAAAGAGCUGUGCAACUCUGAGGUGACCAGCUUCAUACUGGAUACUGAAGUUGUGGGAAUAGAUAGGAAUAAAGGAAACAAGCUGAUGUCGUUCCAAGAAUUGUCUUCAAGAGAACGAGGGAGUAAACACUCCUCAGUUGCAAUUCAAAACAUAAAGGUUGACAUCUGUGUGUUUGUGUUUGAUAUCAUGUUCUGCAAUGGACAGAGGCUAUUGGAUUAUACACUUCGUCAAAGGAGAAACUACAUCCAUGACGUUUUCCAGGAGAAGCCAGGAUACUUAGAGUUAGCUCAGCAGCUGAUUGUUGAAGAAGAUGAAGCAUCUAUAGAUAAUACUAGCACUUUACACAGAAUGAGCAGCUUUUUUGAAAAAGCAUGCCAGUCUUCUUGUGAGGGUAUAAUGUUGAAGACUCUCGAUAUUGAUGCUGGAUACUCUGCUUCCAAGCGCUGUGAUUCGUGGCUAAAGGUGAAGCGUGACUAUGUGGAAGGCCUAGGUGAUAGCCUUGACUUAGUUCCAGUCGGUGCAUGGUAUGGCAAUGGACGGAAAGCUGGAUGGUACAGUCCUUUUCUGAUGGCAUGCUACAACCCUGAAUCUGAAGAAUUUCAAAGUGUCUGCCGUGUUAUGUCUGGUUUCUCAGAUGAUUUCUAUAAAGAGAUGAAGGAGUUUUAUUCCAACGAAAGGAUACUGCCGAAGAAACCUGUUUAUUAUAAAACAGAUGAGCAGCCGGACUUGUGGUUCACUGCGGAACAAGUUUGGGAGAUCCGAGGUGCAGACCUUACAUUAUCCCCUGUCCAUCACGCGGCCAUCGGUAUUGUCCAUCCAUCGCGUGGGAUCUCAGUGAGGAUGCCUAGGUACAUACGCUCUGUUCAAGAUCGGAGCCCAGAGGAUUGUAGCGCGGCUACUGAUGUUGCUUGCAUGUUCAAAGCUCAAACCAGGAAGAUGGACGUCAGCGGUGACAACCCAGAUAAAAGUCACUAGUCACCAUCUCCUUAUCAGCCUUACCGUGCGAUUUGUUCUGUACAUGCACAUGAGCAGAAUAGUUUGAACUAGCAAAAUAGCAUAGGCGUUGCUUUUCACCUUCUGCGUGUGCUAAUACAGUUCCUUCUUUGCUUUCCCAA